UUCAGAAUGCCUCGGUUCAUUCCAGGGCCUUCUCGCCUGUCUGUCAUACUGAAGGAACUGAAUGAGGAACCAAGGUUAUCCUUGACCGGUCUGCGGGGGAUAAGCUUGAAGUUGGCUGCAAAAAACGAUCAUUUCGGAGCACGGCAUUUUGUGAAGGAGGAGCUCGGACGCAUACGCUAUGCCAAUCCACAACUUAACGUGGAGGUCAACAAAGUUCCAAAAUCUCUACAAGACAAUUGGACACCUGAGAUGGUCGUCGAGUUCGAGGACGGAGCCAAGACCACCAUCGACAUUUCAAAUAAAUGGUCCACAUCCAUUACCAAGGAACUAAUGGAUCUUGCUGGUGGUAAUGUAUGGAAAGAGCACAAGGCUGCUGCUCAAGCUGCUGGUCUGCCUAUUCUUCCAGGCGAGGAGAAGGAACGCUUAGCUGCUGCCAAGAAACGGACACCGAAAUUGAGCACGCGUAACCCAGAGAAUCUGGAAGCCAUGGUGGAAAAUAUGUUGUCAUCACCUGAGCGUCCAAAGACUGGAGCUGCUGCCAUAUUACCCUAGCUUCAUGGUACUUUCUCACUUCAGUUAUUAGAUGCAUGCAUGUGUUACCAAAAAUAAUCCUAAACUCAUCGUACUGACGGAAUUU